AUGUCGAACCCUACCCCAGCCCAAGAAGAGUUCAACGCACUGCUAGCUGCCCAGUCCCGCGACGACUCCAGAUCACACCCAGAGGACCGCGACUACGACCGCCGCGAACUCGACAGCCUCGACCUUGACGAGGAAGACGUCUACCGAAACUCCCAGAUCGACGCCGCCAUGCGCAUCCCCACCCUCGGCCAGACCGCCGCAUCCGACCUCAAGCUGCCCCCGGCCAGCUUCGACGCCGGCCGCACCACAGGUGUCAAGGGCGUCAUCGCUGAUGCCCGCAACUACGAGAACGCACGCAAGACUUCCUUCAUCAGCCGCGCCCGCACCACCGUCCGCCGCUCCAUCUUCGGCCUCGACGGCCUGUCCCAGGCCCAAUCCGCGCACAAGAGCGAGAGCGGGACCGACGACGGCAACAAUAGCAACUCGGAGGACGAGGAGUCGUUCCUCGCACAAUGGCGCGAGAGCAGGCGGAGAGAGCUCGAGAGCGAGUCCAGCAAGGUCGUCCGCAACCGGAGGACAAGCCCCAGCGUCCGCGUAUACGGCCGUAUGGAUGAGGUCGAUGCUCUGGGAUACCUGGACGCCAUUGAGAAAGUUGCGCGGGAUACCGUCGUCGUUGUUUUUGUCUACGAUCCAGAGUGCGAUGUAUCAGCGACGAUAGAGCAUGCAAUGAUGCCUCUCGUGUCCCACCACUCCACAAUACACUUCGUCAAGGUACACUACCUCGACAUCGAGUUCGACAACGCCGCCGUGCCGUCCAUCCUGGCCUACCGCAACCAGGGUGACAUGUUUGCCAACCUGACAGGCAUCAUCGAGAUGAUCCCUGACGACGAGGCGUUCGGCACCGACACCCUGGCACGGCUGUUCGAAAAGCACAGCAUCCUAUGA